GAUAUCGAUAAGUGCGCACAGCUGUUGCACAAACCAAACAAUAUAAACGUGGUCGCCGCGACGAUGGCGAACUUACGCAAGGAGCUAGAGAAAUGCAAGCAUCCCAACAGCCGCAAAACCAAGGCGUUGGGUAAAAAGGCACGCAGGCAAAACAACAAACACAAAACACGCAUGGGGCAUGCAAUCAAAAGCAACAUUAUGGGCGAGAAACUGAGCUGGUUCCUGGGCCAAAUCGAUGAGGGACGCACAACGCCACUAACACCACAGGAAUUCGAAGACCUUAUUGCGUUGUACCUUAAGCGUUUCGACGAAGAGCUCGAACAAAUCGCACUGAAACAAUCCAUUGGCAAGCAUCGGGCAAAUCAACAUGCUGCACGUCAGGAUGUCAUCAAGAUUACGCUGGAAAGGGAACGCAAUGAGUACCAGAGCGGUGGCAUGGAAAUGCUGAAUCUCUGCGACCCGUUGAAAUUCAAGAUGCUCUUCGAUUGGGAUGGCAGCGCAUUGAGUGUGCAACAUUUAAAGUUGGAUUUGGUUUCGUUUAAUAUGCUGCAAAGACUAAAAGAGCCGCAGGCAACUGGACAGCAAAUGGAAACCGCUUAAAAUACAAAUAUACAAAAAUAAAUUUACAUA